AUGCUGAUCCGACGCUCGCUUCUGAACCGAACCCACCUUCACCAUCACCUCCGGCGCUUCUCCACCGCCGCCCUCCUCCAAGAACCUACCCCCACUUUCGACCCCACCCAGCAACUCACCUACCUCGACAACCUCCCAAGACCUGACCCCAAGUACGAUGAGAUCAUUCACGCUAUCCCUCGCGCAAUCUCCGGUAAGAAUAUAUCGGCCAAGGAGCGUAAAGCCGGCCGCGUGCCCAGUAUUGUUUUCGAGCAAGAGGAUGGCCAGCACGGUGGCAAUAAACGACUUAUUUCGGUACAAACUAAUCAGAUAAAGAAGCUUGUGAAUCAUAUGGGCCAGUCUUUCUUUCUUUCCAGCCUUUUUGAUCUGGAGGUCCGGCCUGAGUUCCAGUCCGAUGAGCUCAUCGAGAAAGUCCGGGUCUUGCCCAGAAAGCUUCAUCUACAUGCAGGCACAGAUGCGGUGCUUAAUAUUACCUUCAUAAGAGCUCCAUCUAGUGCUUUGUUAAAGGUUGAUGUUCCCCUUGUUUUCAGAGGAGAUGAUGUAUCUCCGGGGUUGAAAAAAGGGUCGUAUUUGAACAUCAUCAAGAGAACCGUUAAGUUCCUUUGCCCUCCUGAUGUUAUUCCCCCCUAUAUUGAUGUCGAUUUGAGCGAAUUAGAUGUCGGCCAGAAGAUAGUGCAAGGGUUUCUGAACAAAAGAAAUCCAAAUAAACGCACUGCAUUACACCCAAUUUUUUCUUCAGCUUACUGGAGAAAUCCAAACGUGGAAGAACUUAAAUUUUUCCUUAUUUCAUUGCUGGAGACGGGGAAGUGA